CUUGAUGUUCAGAAUGCCUUCCUUCAUGGUGUUCUUGAAGAAGAUGUUUAUUUGAGGCAACCUCCAGGAUAUGAAGAUUCACAGCAUCCUACCUAUGUUUGCAAGUUGGAUAAGGCACUCUACGGUCUUAAGCAAGCACCUCGUGCUUGGUAUGCACAGCUUUGCAGCAAGUUGAUUCGGCUUGGUUUUACUCCAUCACGAGGUGAUACUUCUCUAUUUUAUUAUCAGAAAGGUCAAGUUCAGAUGUUUGUUUUGGUUUAUGUGGAUGACAUCAUUGUUGCGAGUUCUUCUCCUGCUGCUACAAGAGCGUUGCUUCUUGAUCUUGAAAAAGAUUUUGCCUUGAAAGAUCUUGGUGAUCUUCAUUAUUUUCUUGGCAUUGAAGUCAAGAGGGGUGAUGAUGGGCUGGUGUUGUCACAACAUCGUUAUGCUGCUGAUGUGGUUAAACGUGCUAAUAUGGGUAAUUGUCGACCAGUUGAUACACCCAUCUCUUCUUCUGAAAAGCUUAGCAUUACUGAUGGCACUAGUCUUGAUGAAGAAGAUUCUACACGGUAUAGGAGUAUUGUUGGGGCCCUUCAGUAUCUCACUCUCACUCGGCCUGACUUGUCUUUUGCUGUUAACAAGGUUUGCCAGUUUCUCCACGCUCCGACUACUACACACUGGACAGCUAUCAAACGCAUACUUCGAUAUGUUAAAGGCACUCUGACUAUGGGUCUCAAGAUUAGAAAAUCGUCCUCUACACUUGUCAGUGCCUUCUCUGAUGCGGAUUGGGCCGGUUGUGUUGAUGACCGGAGGUCCACUGGUGGUUUUGCCGUAUUUUUUGGUCCUAAUCUCAUAUCAUGGAGUGCUAGGAAGCAACCGACCGUGUCACGCUCCAGCACGGAGGCCGAAUAUAAAGCUCUUGCUAAUGCUACGGCAGAGAUGAUGUGGAUUCAGCGGCUUCUGACUGAGCUUGGUAUUUCUCAUGUUCCUGUUGCUCGGUUGUGGUGUGACAACAUUGGUGCUACAUACUUGUCGGCUAAUCCAGUAUUUCACGCCAGAACGAAACAUAUUGAGAUUGACUUUCAUUUUGUGCGUGAAAGGGUGGCACAGAAGCUAUUAGAUAUAAGGUUUAUUGCUACUGGUGAUCAGUUAGCUGAUGGCUUCACCAAACCUAUCACGGCGUCCAAAUUGAAUCAGUUUAGAGCCAAUCUCAACCUUGUCAGUGGCUGA